AGUAGUUAAAGAUGUAGCUCUAAGCUAUAUAUAUAGCAAUAUUGUGAUUAGAGAAGAACCUGGGUCUGAUGAGUAUCAAACCGCAAUAAAUGAUAAGGAUUUGAUGAGAUGGGGAGUGUUAGUCCCAACUACAUGCCACAUGAUCCGAUGGGACGCUAAUAGGGCUUACGGUGCAGUUUGUGAUAGGUUAGGACGGAUAGAUAAAACUGACAAGGACAAGUUCGAUCUGAAUGGCAGUCAAAAUGGUUUGCCUGCUAUUAAUGCUUUGUCCCUCUCUUGGCCCAGGUACACUAGAUUCGAUGACCCUUGGAAGGAGACUGCACAUGUUGAGCGUUGUUUAGGUAAAGAAAUUCAAAAGUGGUCUGUUAAGAUGUUUCCUCCUGGAGAUGUUGAUAAAUGUAGAGAAAUUUCUGAGAAGCUCACCGGUGUGAAGAUGAUGGAGAUACCCUGGGAGGUGUGUAAUGCUUCUUUUGUUAAGUCAGGUUACACUUGGGCUAGUUUUUCUGAUGUGUUACACCAGUAUGAGUUUGCUAGGAACCUUGCUAACAAAACUGUUUUCAACAUGGAUCACUUGCAUGAUUACCUUGAAGAUAAAUGUUAUAGUCCUACAUCGAUGGCUUAUAAUGUGACAGCAUGGAUGCAUUUGCAAGUGUUUAAACUGAAUAUUGAAAUAGUGUAUACUCGAGCAAAGACUAGUCUGGUACCUUUAAAGUAUGAGGAGCUGUUGUGGGACAAUUAUAAAUCAUUUCAAGUGAGGAUGUGGCCUCAGUUGUCCGAUGUAGCUAUUGGAGAUGAGUGGUUUGACAGGGCAAAACAAUUUAGACAAUUUCUGAGUCCAAUUCCUUCAUUACAGGAAAUCAGAGAUCUAGAGUCUAAGACUCCAUCAAAGGACUGUGCUAAACACAGGUUGACACACCCCAUGGGUCCUGCAUGGCGUCCAGUUGAUAAGAGUAAGAAAGCUAACGAAGCAGAGCUGUCUCUUUGUGUUGCAGAGUUGAAGCAGAAGACUGAAUAUUUUCCUCGGUUGAAGGCGCAAACAGCUCGGCAGAAAUUUAUCACUGCAUUUCUGGAACAGAUAAAAACUAAUGAUCCAUUUGCAGGUUAUGAGUAUUUGAAUUCUUUGUUGCUUAAAUCUAAGGUCACUCCAUGGUAUACUGAUUCGGAACCUCCGUCUGCUAUAGCAGUAGCAUUGGUUUUGGCUUUUUCGGUAGGAGCAAUAUUUACUGACAUGACGGAAACAGUGGAGGAAUAUGUGGAGGAAGCCUGGGAGGAGUUUGUGGCUGCGUCAGAGGAUUUGGUCAUGGGAGCUGUUAAAUAUGUGUUAUAUGCUUUCGGAGCUCUUUUGGGAGUGGGUGUCCUCUGUCUGUGUGUGUGCAUGUGUGUUCGUUUCUGUUUUUCUUAUGUAUGCAGGUCUGCUUGCAGUAACUUGAACCCUUCCGAGGAGGAGAAACGACUGAGAAAACUGACGACACGCUUGGAAGAGAAACUUAAGAAGGAUAACAUCAAUGCCCUGUUGUGAGUGGAAGGGGGGAGAGCCUUUGCGUGGGGACUGGGAAUUUUUAGUAUCCAGCAUGUCCGCAAUGAGGCGAAGAGACAAGUGUGACCCGUCAGGGAAGCAUGCGUUACCACUCCACCUUCCGUAGUGACCUCACUUGGUAGACCAGACGUGGCGGUAUUGGACCCCACAUUGGUCUAAAACGGGGGACUGAAGGGUUGAAGGUCGUUUUGGGAAUAAGCUUGAGAUGAGAGGGGGGCAGGGGGAGAAUGUUACAUAGAUGUCCCAGAUGGAUUCUGUGUUUUGAUCUUUACCUGUCCAUGACUAAUUAUAUGAUUUAAAAUUUAAAAUAUGUAAUAGCACUUGAAUAAGUAGAAGUGUAAAUUUUCUCUUAUUAUUUCUUUAAGGGAAGGAAUGCAUGUUAUUUCUCUCCUUUGCCUGAGGGGUGAAUAUUUCUUAUCUCACUGUUUUGGUUAAAAUGACCUGAUAAAUGUGUGCUCUGGUUCCCUUGUGCGCAGAGAAACACUGUCAUUCGUCAGUGUUUCGUGUGUGCGUAUUGACCUUCUACCCAGGGAGACACAGCAGGCAGACUGGAAGACGCCCGAGACCAUCUGCGAGGUCACUUCAGAUGUAAAUCUCGAUCCAGGACGACAAUUGCGCUGAUUAAUGUUGAUGUGCUAUAGCUAUCUAUAUGUUGUGACUUUAUGCUCUGUUAGCCAAUCAGGAGUUAAAUAAUAGAAUAUACGUCAUUGCAAAUGGUAUAAUUGAUGUAAAAUUUUGUGUAAGGUAUUGAGUUAGCUUUCGAUCUCCUCGUGAGACUUUGCCGCUGGCUGUA